AUGGAGGCUCCUGCCUACGCUGAGCGCUAUAGACAGGUGAUGUCUAUAGAGCAGACCAAGAACAGCCUGAUUGAGGAGCUUCUGCAAAGAGUGGCAGAGCUUGAAAAUGCUCUUCAGCGCCAGAAACUCGACCAUGAACGCGAGAAGCAUUUUAACCGUGAGAUUCAGAUCCAUGAGAUGGAGUUAAUGAAUGAAAUCACCAGAAUGAACGCACUCAUGCAUCGUGAACCAUACAUGAUUGUACUUCUGGACGGACACGGCCUCAUUUUCAAGGAGGAGUUCCUGAAGCAGGGUGAACAAGGUGGGAAAAAUGCAGCAAAAGAGCUGUCAACUGCAUUGCAAGAUUACGUUACCACUCAUUUCCCAAACAUUGCCUCACCCAAGAUCGUGACGAUGAUAUAUAUGAAUGUGAAGGGACUGGCCGAGCUCUGCAUUCAAGGAGGGAUCAAAGCAGAGCUCCCGGCACUCGAGGCAUUCGUCCGAGGCUUCAAUGGUAAUGGUUUGCUUUCUGAUAUCGUCGACGUCGGCACUGGCAAGAAUAAAGCGAGCGAUAAGAUUGAAGGGAGGGUGACUCUCAUCGAGGGCGUUCCGCUGCAGGGAGACAUGAAGGAUAUGAAGCCGUCCUACAGAGUCGCAAAGUUUACUCAUAUCUUCCGAGAGACGAACAUUGCAUCGGUGUCGGCUCCCCAGGAAACCAAGUCCCGUUCCUCCCUCACACCAUCCCCAGUUCAGCAUGCAACACCACUCUCGAAAACGUCCACAAAUACCACGAUGACAAGUAACAGUCCUGCCUUGCCGACCUCAUCGAGGAAAAUGCCAAAAUCCGAGGAAUUCCAGCCUAUUGUUCGCUCCACUCGUUCUAAGGCAUUGAGCUCCCCACCUCCCAAAAUCGUGGAACAGAAUAAGUACAGGCAGCGUGUCGAUCGCUUUGAUAUCAAGACGAUCCCCAAGGAUGAUUUGAGCCGCAUGAAGAAGCUGAAGCUUUGCAACUAUUUCUACUUACAGGGCGAAUGUCCCAUUGAGGAUUGCCGGCACGAUCACUCACGCAAAUUAACCAAAAGCGAGUACCACAUCCUGAUGGUCGUUGCACGCAUGACGCCUUGUCGCUACAAAUUCGAGUGCGAUGAUCCUGACUGUAUGUACGGACAUCGUUGCCCUCAUAGCGAGCCCGGCAAGAAGGAGUGUGUCUGGGGCUCGACUUGCCGAUUCGAUGCCGCCGCCCAUGGAGUAGAUACCACAAUUGUCAAGGUUACCAAAAUAUGA